CACUAGUGGAUUGACUAUGGUAGCUACAUCCUCGUACAUGCUUGCCUCACCACCUGGUAACAGCCAAGUUCUAAAGGCCUAAGAAAGCACCAGUCAGGUUCAAGUCACCAAGUCACCAAGUCACCAGCAUUCUUUUUCUAAAGGAGGAAAAAAAGCCAUCCUUAAAAAAGCCAAACAAUCCAGUUAAGCCAGACAAGCCAUCCACUGCCUUAGCUCCCCUUUACCUUUAAAAGUCCAAGCCUGUGCCCUCCCAAUUCCUCUCCGACCAAGUUCUGGAAACUCUAUCCUUUCUUCUUCACUUAAUCCCUUCCCCCCUCAACGCUCACCGCCAUUGACUUUCGUUUUAUCAUUGAUACCAUUGAUACCCCCCUCCAGAAGAAUCCCUUUACCGUAGCUACAAAGGAAGACGGCAAAGUAGUCUAAGCCAGAGAAACACACCCCGUAGCCAUUCUUGCUUUGCAACACCGAAACUAGAGGCAAUAUGUGUGGAAUUUUCGGCUACAUUAACUACCUGGUCGAGAAGGAUAGGAAGUUUAUCCUCGACACCCUCGUAAACGGUCUUUCCCGGUUAGAGUAUCGUGGAUAUGAUUCGGCCGGUCUAGCUGUCGACGGCGACAAGAAGAACGAAGUUCUCGCUUUCAAAGAAGUCGGCAAGGUUGCCAAGCUCAAGCAACUCAUUGAUGAGUCCAAACCAGAUCUCACUAAGAUUUUCGACUCACAUGCCGGUAUCGCCCAUACUCGAUGGGCUACUCACGGCCCUCCCUCUCGGCUGAACUGCCAUCCCCACCGAUCCGACCCCACAUGGGAAUUCUCAGUCGUCCACAAUGGCAUCAUCACCAAUUACAAGGAAUUGAAGACCCUCCUUUCUGCAAAGGGCUUUAAGUUUGAGACCGAGACCGACACUGAGUGCAUUGCGAAACUCGCAAAGUACCUGUACGACCAACACCCCCAAAUUGACUUUGUCGAUCUAGCGAAGGCUGUUAUUACUGAGCUCGAGGGUGCUUACGGUUUGCUGAUCAAGUCUGUACACUACCCCCAUGAGGUCAUUGCCGCUCGCAAGGGUUCGCCCCUUGUCAUUGGUGUGAAGACCCAGAGGCGCAUGAAGGUCGACUUUGUCGAUGUCGAAUACUCGGAGGAGAAUGGCGUUCUACCAGCCGAGGCUGCCUCCCAGAACGUUGCCUUGAAGAAGCAAACUGGCAACUUCCUGGCCCCCAACGCUCUGCUUGGUGCCGCUGACAAGUCUCUCCUACACCGCUCACAAUCCCGCGCUUUCAUGACCGACGAUGGCUUGCCCAUGCCCGCCGAAUUCUUCCUCUCGUCCGACCCAUCUGCCAUCGUAGAGCACACUAAGAAGGUCAUGUAUCUGGAGGAUGACGACAUCGCUCACAUUCAUGAGGGUUCGCUGAACAUUCACCGUCUCAAGAAGGCUGAUGGUAGCUCCAAUGUCCGAAAUAUCCAGACCCUCGAGCUCGAGCUCCAGGAGAUCAUGAAGGGCAAGUUCGACCACUUCAUGCAGAAGGAAAUCUUCGAGCAGCCCGAAUCCGUCGUCAACACCAUGAGAGGUCGUCUCGACAUCGAACACAAGUCUGUCACUCUCGGUGGCUUGAGAUCAUACAUCGCAACCAUUCGCCGAUGCAGACGUAUUAUUUUCAUUGCUUGUGGAACGAGUUACCACUCUUGCAUGGCUGUUCGAGGUAUCUUUGAGGAGCUCGCUGAGAUUCCAAUCGCCGUCGAGCUCGCUUCCGAUUUCCUUGACAGAGAAGCGCCGGUUUUCCGUGACGACACAUGUGUGUUCGUUUCGCAAUCCGGUGAGACGGCCGACUCGCUGAUGGCUCUCCGAUACUGCUUGGAGCGUGGCGCUCUUACCGUUGGUAUCGUUAACGUCGUCGGUUCUUCUAUCUCGCUCCUAACUCACUGCGGUGUCCACGUCAAUGCUGGUCCUGAAAUCGGUGUUGCCUCAACCAAGGCUUACACGUCUCAAUUCAUUGCCAUGGUCAUGUUUGCUCUGUCACUUAGUGAGGACCGAGCAUCCAAGCAGAAGAGGCGGGAGGAGAUUAUUGAAGGUCUGUCCAACAUCUCUGCGCAAAUCAAGGAUAUCUUGACGCAAGACCAAUCGAUCAAGGAGCUUUGCUCGAAGACGUUCAAGAACCAGAAGUCACUACUGCUCCUAGGACGUGGUAGCCAAUACUCGACUGCUCUCGAAGGUGCCCUUAAGAUCAAGGAAAUUUCCUACCUGCACUGCGAAGCUGUUAUGUCUGGUGAAUUGAAGCACGGCGUGCUGGCUCUGGUUGACGAAAACCUCCCUAUCAUCAUGAUUCUGACCCGUGAUAACCUCUUCACGAAGUCACUCAACGCUUACCAACAAGUUGCUGCCCGUGGUGGAAAACCCAUCGUCAUCUGCAACCCCAGCGAUGAAGAAUUCCAAGCCAGCCAAGCGCAGAAGAUCGAGGUACCCAAGACCGUCGACUGUCUGCAAGGAAUCCUCAAUGUCAUCCCUCUGCAGCUGAUUGCCUACUGGUUAGCUGUUAUGGAGGGUCUUAACGUCGACUUCCCACGUAACCUGGCCAAGUCGGUCACGGUCGAAUAAGCAUGGUUGCGUACCUAUAUGAUUAGCCUCAUUCUUGACGAGUUUGCGAUAUGAUAUGGGAGUUGACUAUGAACCGAUUUCACGGCGGGAGGAUGGAUUUGGGUCGCAAUUAAGCGCGUGGUGGUUUUAUACAUGGAUGGCAGCGGGAUUGGGAGAUGAUAAGAGGGUUGCGAAGAGAAGGCGGUUACUAUCUCUCCUGCAACCCCCAUGAUGCAUAAUGCCCCCACGCCAAUUCUGGUGUGACACAUGUACUGCAAAGGAAGUAGAUAGAUGACGAUCUGUAAAUCGGCUAGGACGAUCUAGACGAGGAUACCGAGGAAUAAAGUAAAAAGUUGACAACCACAAAAAGAUUGGGUCUAACAUGAUUGAGAGACCUUUUGUCUAAUGAUUUGGGCUGGUUCUUAGCUAGGAAUAUCAUUCUUUCAUAACUCGGAGAUGACCACGUCUUUCA